AUGGAAUUCCAUUACUCCGAUGAGAUUGACCCAUCGGUCUAUGAGACCCAUGGCCUUGCGCAUGGCAUCCCUCUCCGUAUCCAUCGGGAUCCUUAUAAAGAAAUCAACGGUGCCCUUCGAGCCCAGAGCGACUGGAGCAAGCACGUACGUCCUGUCGUCGGCUACAAGGGUGGUUUAGGCUACCCUUACAGCUUCAUCCGAGCAACUGUGCCAGAAUGUCUCCCAGAACGACUAGAGAUCAUCUCGUAUGCAAACGAGUUCGCCUUUCUCUAUGAUGACGCCAUGGAAAAACUUGAUCUAAAGGGGUAUAAAGAUGAACAGCAUCAUGAUAUGCUGGAUGCUUUCGAGGACGACAAAGCACUAGAUCAGAACGUCAAAAACAACGAUGGCCAGGAGAAGAAACUCCAAGCCCAGAUUUUGGCGAAUAUGAUUGUCAUAGAUGCUCCACGGGCGAUCACGUCCAUGAAAGCAUGGGCAAAGUUUGUCCAGCUCGCUGCUCGGACAAGAUCCCGCCCAUUUGAUACCCUAGAGGAAUAUAUUCCCAGCCGGGUCAUUGACGCUGGCGAGCUGAUCUGGUUUGGGACCCUGACCUUCGGUAUGGCUCUUACUAUCCCGGACGAUGAGCUAGACCUCUGUAUGGAGUUAGCUAGACCAGGCUACGCCGCACUUGGCCUCACGAAUGACCUAUAUUCCUGGAGGAAGGAGCGUGAUGAAGCUGCAGCAGAUGGUCUGGACUAUGUCUUCAAUGCUGUCUGGGUCAUCAUGCAAGAGCAGUCCGUCAGCGAAGACGAGGCUAUGUUGGUAUGCGCUGAGGAGAUCCGGAAGCAGAUCGCCGAGUACAACAUCAUUGUCGAAAAGGCGAAGCGGAACCUCAGCCUCUCCAGAGAUACUCGCGCAUACCUCGAGGCAGUGAGAUACAGCCAUACUGGUAAUCUCGUGUGGAGCAUCUACUGCCCACGAUACCACGAUUUGUGA